AUGGUGGAAAUGAAUAACUCCAUAGUAAACUUCAGCACACCUCAUUCAUCCAUCAACCUCACAGGAUCAUCUUUUUGGCAAAUGGGCACACUAGAAAUGUCUAUGUUGAGCUUCAGCUUCAUGCUUGGGCUUCCUACACACUCCUAUAUUAUAUAUCUUAUCAUCACAGAAACAAGAAGUGGAAUGGCAUCGGAGUUCUUCAGCCUCAAUCUCUCUGUCUGUGAAAUACUUUUCUCUCUGAAUUCUAUGUUCACUCUUUUGACAAAUUGGUUUCCGAGUCUUGCAACAUUAAUGCAGUUUUUAUUAGGAGAACUCAUCACUGGUCAUCCUCUGUUUCAGUGUCUGAUGUGUGUUGAGCGUUAUCUGGCAGUGGUUCAUCCUGUAACCUUUCUGAAGUUCAAACCUCUCAGAUAUAGAGUGAUCUGUUCUACUGCGGCCUGGAUCAUCUGUCUUGGCUCCUGUUUGUGCUGCAUGUUUCUUUUGGCCUCGUUUAAUAAUUUUAUUUACACAUGGUUCUUUGUCAUUCAGUUCCUCCUGUACCUCUCCAUUCAGUUGUUCUGCUGUUUGGCUGUUCUCAGAGCUCUGAAGCAGUCAGGACCAGGAGACAGAGGGAGGGAGAGAGGGGAGGAAAACAACGUGAAGAAAAGAGCGUUUUAUAUCAUAUUAAUAAGUACUCUGAGAAUGGUUAUCACAUAUGUUCCAUUUACAGUCACAGGAGUCCUCGCUGUUUUGACACAACAGUCAAUUCAAGUCCUCUGGUCAAUUAGUUUUAUUUGUUUUAUGCUAGCUGGUUUUGUGCAGCCUGUUUUUUAUUUGCACCGGACUGGCAAACUCUCAUGCCUGUGUUAUCCAUAA